AUGACGAACCACAAUAUUCACACUUGGCUUAUUACAACUUACCCAGAAAAAGAAAUUGAAAAUCAUGAACAACGUCUAUUAGAACAUUUGAAUAAUGAAUGUGUACGCGUCAGUCAAGAUUAUCCUUCACGUCAAGAAGAAUUUCAACAACUUUUACAACAAUUAUCAAACAAUUAUAUUGAAUUAAAAGAUACAAUUAAACAACGACGUGGACAUUUAGAAUUAUUAGGAAGUCUUUAUCAAUAUGAUCACGAUUUAAGUGAACCAGAAGCAUAUGUAACAGCAUCCCAUCAAUGUGUUGCACAAUCAAAUCAAUGGUCACUUAAAGAACUUAUCUUACAAGUUAUUGUACAAGAUUCAACUAAUCAACAACAAGUUGUUGAAGAUGAUUGUACAUUUGCUAUGCGUGGUCUUCGUUUACAAGGUGCACAAUGUCGAUCAAAUAAACUUUCUCUAUUAUCAUCGAUAUCAACAGAGAUAAAAUUAACACUAUUUACAUGGAUACGUGCAACAGAAAGGAAACAAACUAAUGCAAUCAUAACAUUACCAGUUUAUUUAAAUGCAACACGAAAUGAAUUGUUAUUUACCAUUGAACUUGAAGCAGCAGAUAAUUCAUUAAAUGAAUUCGAUUUUUAG